GACCAAACCAAAAAAAAAAAAAAAAAAAAAAAAAUGUCGUUGUUUUUAAAAUCCUUCGCUUCUCACUCUCCCCCUCUCAAACCUGCUGACGCCACCAUGGCCGUCCUCUCCACUUCUCCCUAUCGGGUAUUGUCAAAAAGAACCUGCUCGUCUUUUAGGAAAAAUUCUCUAAGCUCCUUUCAUCCCAAAGGAAGCUAUUUGUUCACCCUCUUUAACAUGAAACACUAUUCCAAUUAUUCUAGUGACGAGUUCAAUUCAUCAAAGCGAAGGUCAAGAGGACCUGUUAUGGCUGCAAAGAAAGCAGCUGAAGGGGGAAAGCAAGAAGAUGGAAAAUAUAAGCACACGGUUGAUCUGCCUAAAACAACAUUUGGCAUGAGAGCAAACUCUUUAGUACGGGAGCCUGAACUUCAUAAAAUAUGGGAUGACAAUGAAGUAUUCAAGAGAGUUGUUGAUAAAAAUUCAGGGGGUAAUUUCAUUCUACAUGACGGUCCUCCAUACGCCAAUGGUGACCUUCACAUGGGACAUGCUCUAAACAAGAUUUUGAAGGAUAUGAUUAAUCGUUAUAAGCUUCUUCAAAAUUAUAAAGUUCAUUAUAUCCCUGGUUGGGAUUGUCAUGGCUUACCAAUUGAGUUGAAAGUUCUGCAGUCACUGGAUGAAACUACUAGAAAGGAUCUCACGCCUAUAAAAUUGAGAGCAAAGGCAGCUAAAUUUGCAAAAGGAACUGUCAAAACUCAGAUGGAAUCAUUUAAGCGCUAUGGAGUAUGGGCGGACUGGGAUAAUCCCUACCUAACUCUGGAUCCAGAAUAUGAAGCUGCGCAGAUUGAAGUGUUCGGCCAGAUGGCAAUACAAGGUUAUAUCUACAGAGGUAGAAAGCCAGUUCAUUGGAGUCCCUCGUCACGGACUGCUCUUGCAGAGGCAGAGUUGGAGUAUCCAGAGGGGCAUGUUUCAAGAAGUAUAUAUGCCAUUUUCAGAUUAGUGACUGCACCUCCAGUUUUGGGUGGCAUAUUAAAUGAGUAUCUCCCAAAUUUGUGCUUGGCUAUUUGGACAACAACUCCAUGGACUAUUCCAGCCAAUGCUGCUGUUGCUGUGAAUGCCAAGCUUCAAUAUGCCAUAGUUGAAGUACAAACACUCUCAGAAGAUGCAUCUUUAUCUGCUGGAAGUAAAAAGAGACAGCUCAGAAAUGUUCUGAAGGAGAAAAAGAAGCCUUUCCUGAUUGUAGCUUUAGAUCUGGUGCCAACAUUAGAGGCAAAAUGGAGUGUGAAGCUCGUUGUCAGAAAAACACUGUCGGGUUCAGAUAUUGAAAACUGCAGGUAUAUUCAUCCGAUCAGUAAUAAGGAAUGUCCAGUUGUUGUUGGAGGAGAUUAUAUUACAACAGAGUCAGGAACUGGACUGGUCCAUACAGCUCCGGGUCAUGGUCAGGAAGAUUACGUGACUGGCUUGAAGUAUGGACUGCCAAUUCUUUCUCCUGUUGAUGAUGAUGGGAAGUUCACUGAAGAAGCUGGACAAUUCAACGGGCUUGAUGUGCUUGCAGAUGGCAACGUUGCUGUUGUCAAAUAUUUGGAUGAAAAUUUGUCACUUAUAAUGGAAGAACCUUAUGCACACAAGUAUCCAUAUGAUUGGAGAACAAAAAAGCCUACGAUAUUUAGGGCAACUGAGCAAUGGUUUGCAUCAGUCGAAGGAUUUCGCCAAUCUGCCAUGGAUGCUAUUGGUCACGUAAAAUGGAUUCCAGCUCAGGCGGAGAACAGAAUUUCUGCAAUGACUUCUAGCCGGUCUGAUUGGUGCAUCUCUCGGCAAAGGACAUGGGGUGUUCCAAUUCCAGUGUUUUAUCAUGUGCAAACAAAGGAACCUCUAAUGAAUGAAGAAACUAUUGAUCACAUAAAGUCUAUAAUAGCUCAAAAGGGUAGUGAUGCCUGGUGGUACAUGAAGGUGGAGGAUCUUCUCCCUGGUAAAUAUCGUGAUAAAGCAUCAGAGUAUGUGAAGGGGACUGACACGAUGGAUGUAUGGUUUGAUUCAGGUUCUUCUUGGGCUGCAGUUUUGGGAAGAAGGAAUGGCCUGAGUUUUCCUGCAGAUCUGUACGUGGAAGGCACAGAUCAGCAUCGUGGGUGGUUCCAGAGUUCCUUAUUAACAAGCAUUGCUACGAAAGGACAGGCUCCAUAUUCUAGUGUUAUAACUCACGGAUUUGUGUUGGAUGAGAAGGGUCUAAAGAUGAGCAAAUCUUUGGGUAAUGUUGUAGACCCACAAAGUGUGAUAGUAGGAGGAAAAAACCAAAAGGAAGCACCUGGUUAUGGUGCUGAUGUAUUGCGACUCUGGGUUUCCAGUGUAGACUAUACAGGUGAUGUAAUGAUUGGUCCUCAAGUUCUCCGCCAAAUGUCAGACAUUUAUCGGAAGCUACGAGGAACAUUGAGAUACCUUUUGGGAAAUCUACAUGAUUGGCAUGCUGAUAAUGCUGUCCCAUACCACGAUCUUCCCAUGAUCGAUCGGCAUGCCCUAUUUCAGCUUGAAAAUGUUGUAACGAGCAUUAGAGAGAGCUAUGAAAACUAUCAGUUCUUCAAGAUCUUUCAGGUCAUUCAACGGUUUGUCAUUGUUGACCUUUCAAACUUCUACUUUGACGUUGCCAAAGAUCGCCUCUAUGUGGGGGGUACAACAAGUUCCACUAGGAGAAGCUGUCAAACGGUUCUUGAAGCACAUCUCCUUUCCAUUGUAAGAGUGAUAGCUCCUAUAUUGCCGCAUUUGGCUGAGGACGUAUGGCAGAACCUCCCUUUCAAGUAUACCAAAGAAGAUGGAUCUAUCGCUGAGUUUGUUUUCGAAUCGAGCUGGCCGGCUUCAAACAAAACCCGGCUUUCAUUCCCAGCUGAAGAAGUGGAUUUCUGGGAAAAAAUUCUUGAGCUGAGAACCGAGGUGAAUAAAGUCCUGGAGGUUGCUCGUACUGGAAAGUUGAUCGGCUCCAGUUUGGAGGCCAAAGUUUAUCUCCAUACUUCCGAUGCCCGACUGGCCUCAAGAUUACGUGAAAUGUGUGAAGCCAACAAUGAUGCGGACACAUUGCAUCGAAUUUUCAUUACAUCUCAGGCAGAGAUUCUUCCAUCCAUGGAAAAUGAGCUUACUGGGAACGUUCCACACACUGGAGAAUGCCUUAUCCAAGGGAAAACUAAAGUCUGGAUCGGUGUAUCCCGUGCCGAGGGCGGUAAGUGCGAAAGAUGCUGGAAUUUCUCGCUUCAAGUCGGUUCCUUUUCGGAGCACCCAACUCUUUGCAGCCGUUGUUAUAACGCGGUCAGUGUUCAGCAUUUUCCAGCUGUAGCAAUGGCCACUUGAAAAUUUUUUCAAGAGUCAACACAGGUAAAACUUUUUUUUUUUUUUUUUUUUUCAAAUGUUACUGAUACAAAAAUUUUGGAGUUACAUGGCUUCGUGAAGUGCUGCUCCUUUUCCGCACGGAUGAAUUUUCGAUAAGGUUCAUUUUUUAUUCUGUCAUUGAUAAUUAUAAAGCAAUAGAA